GGGGUGAAAUUUUGAAGGAAAAGCUACCACGUGUCAGUUAGGGAGGGAAGGGACUUUAAUGUACCCGGAUUUUGAUAUAAGUAACCUCAACAACCCACCAAUCCUUCCAAUUCCUCACUUGGAAAAAGACCUUGGGAAUUCCGAAUGGUGAAAAAGGAGAAACCGUUCAGAAUGGCUUCUCGGAGAAAGGAGCAAUCCGACUCAUCCACUUCAGUGCUGCCUCCACCGUGGACUGAGUUGCCGGUGGACAUAACCGCCAACAUCCUGCAGAGGCUGAGUGUGGAGGAGAUACUUGAAAACGCACAGAAAGUGUGCACGACUUGGCGGAGCGUGAGCAAGGAUCCUGCCAUGUGGCGAAAAAUCGAUAUGUCUCAAGAAAAAGAUCGUGCUGCCUGGGUCAUGUGUAAGCAGGUGGUGAAUCGUAGCCAAGGCCAAUUGAUUGAUCUGAAGAUUGGCUUCUUCUGCGAUGAUGAUCUGCUUGCAUAUAUUUCCCAGAGAUCAAGUCAGCUUCGAUGCCUUUUGAUUGUAUCUUGUGUUGCUGAUUACAUAUCUGAUAAUGCUUUGGCUGAAGCUGCAAAAAGGUUUCCUUUGUUGGAGGAGCUGCACCUUUUCCAUUCUUUAGUUUCCUCUAAAUCCCUAGAAAUCAUUGGUCGUUCUUGCCCAUUGUUGAAAUCCUUUUCUCUUGGUGGAGCUGCACCUUUUUAUGCGAAGGAUGAUUUUAUGGUUGUGGAACCCGAAUGUAAUGCCGAGGCACUCGCUAUAGCAAAAACCAUGCCUGGACUGCGACAUCUAAGUCUUUUUGGGAAUACAAUGUCGAAUGUUGGGCUGCUAGCUAUUCUUGAGGGUUGUAUUCACCUGGAAUCAUUAGAUCUAAGGAGGUGUUUUCGAGUUAACCUUGAAGGUGAUAUAAGUAAGCAAUGUUCCCAAAAACUCAAAAGUCUGAAGCAGCCUGAUGACUCCAUUGCAGAUCUUGAGCAUCAUGACUCUGAUUCAUUUGAUAUCAAGUAUGCGGAUUACUUUGGCGGCUACUGUCCGGGUUGUGGAUUAACUUCCGAUGACGAUGAUUAGGCACCUAUAUGGAUUAUUAUAGUUUAUGAAGUCUCCUGUGCUCUGGUUCCCGGAUCAUGAUGACAAUUUGACAAUCUUUCAGUAUGAUUGUUGAGUUUCAUGUUCAAAAUAAACUGAAGCAAUCAUCUUUUAACUAGCUUCUUAUUAGUUAGGUGCAGAUUAUCCAUCUUUGAUCGCUGAUCUUUGAGCUGCAGGCCUGUUGUAGCCAAAGGAUUCUCGGACUUUUUUCUUCAUCGUUUUGGCCUGUUUGUUUUGGAUGGAAGAAUUUUCUUUCUUUGUAAAUUGCAAUGUCGUCUCUCUUUGCUAUUGGUUUUGCAUUUUGCAUACUGCAUAAGGUGGAUAUGGAGUUUUAUCAUUUAUGUAUGCAGUAAAUAGCCGGAAUGUUGGAUGUUCACGGACGGGGGCGAAUCUCAAUCCUGAUAAUAUUGUGUUCCAGUUAUAUACAACUCAG